GCCAUGGUGCUUGUUAAUAAUGCAUGAUUGAAAUUUGUUCCAGCUACUUGGGAUACAAAAACUAACUGUGUUUGAACGCCUAACCCUUUUCCUUGUAGAAUUUCUUAAAUGGAAGCUUGAACCUUUGUACAACAACUUUUCUAAAGCAACUAGAGCUUUCCAUCUUCUCAUUUUUCUUAUUUAUUUUUUUGCUUUAACUGAGACUCAAACUUAAGAUUUCACAGUUUUGGAUACAAAUGUAGCACCACUGAGCUAAAGCUUAUCGGUUAAUUUUUCUUAUUUUUAAAUGUCCUUUGUCUUGCCCUUACUGUCAUUGAUGAACCUUACAUGACCCAUGCCAUAAAAAGGUUAAAGAUUUACCUCCCAUAAACUUUUUCCUAUAAAUACUUCACAGUUUAAACAAUUGAUCUGGCAUAGCAGUCUUCUCUUCCAAUUUGCCUCUGAAGUGGGAAAUCUUCCAUCGGCAUGAAGAACCCAUCUCAGAAUCAAGUUAUUGGAAUUCCAAUCAACUCAGAAUUAUACACACAUGGAAGGCCAGCAAGAGGAUUUUUAGCUGACCCUGCAACACAAUACCAUCCUUCAUCUUCUUCAAAUUGCUAUUCCACAUUCAAGCAGAGUAAAGUAGAUUCAGUGUUCAAGAGAAUGAACAAAUUAGGGAAGAAAGCUGACAAUUUUGCAAAAGGUGUUCGAGAGCAUGUGAAAUUGGGCUCAAAUAUCUGUGAAACUGUGAAAGGAAAGUUCAGCUUAGGGGCUAAAAUUCUUCAAGUUGGUGGUAUGGAGAAAAUUUUCAAGCAGCUGUUUGGAGUUGAAGAAGAAGAGAAAUUGCUAAAGGUUUCCCAGUGCUACCUUUCAACCACAGCAGGUCCCAUUGCAGGCCUCUUGUUUAUCUCCACUUACAAGGUUGCCUUCUGCAGUGAGAGAUCAAUCAAAUUCUCUUCUCCAAAUGACAAAUCAAUCAGAAUCAAUUACAAGGUUUUGAUCCCACUUACAAAGGUUAAAAGAGAAAAGAGUGAGAACAUGAAGAACCCAUCCCAAAAGUAUAUGGAAAUAGUUACUGUGGAUGAGUUUGAUUUCUGGUUUAUGGGUUUCUUGAAUUAUCAGAAGACUUUCAAAUGUCUUCAGCAGGCAGUCUCCCAAAGCAUUAAUGAUUAAUUUACAAGUCACUUCCUAAUGACAUGAAAACCACUGUAAUUAGCAAUCCUCAAUUGUAUUCUGUUUUAUAAAGAGACACACGAGUGGUGAAUAUAAUUUUCCAACAGCCACUCAUUACUAAUAA